GUCUGGUCUUUCGUUCAAAGUACAACCAAACUGACGAUUAUUCAGCAAAAUGCAGCUAUAAAGAAUCUAUCGCACUUUGCAUAGCCGAAGUAGCUUCUUGCUUUUUUUUGAUAAACUGCUCGCGAACUUAGUCAUUAUAACAGUUUAAAUGUUUAAAUACCGGUACAGAAACGCUGUAGCAAUUUAGCAAGCAAUUUGUAAACAGUAGAUGAGACUACCCAUCCGCUUCUUAAUUUGCGCUCGGAGAUUUGGUGGAAAGCUGUCCGCAGACACUGGGAGACGGGGAGUGUGUGGCACAACCAUGCGACUGGUACAGUUCUGUCGUCGAAAUCAAGAGGGGGACGUGAGAGUUGGGGUGGAACUGGAGACCGGCCAAGGUGUUGUUGACCUAAAGGACUUUGACCCCUCGUUGCCCCACACCAUGAAAGAAUUCCUUGAGACAGGGGAGAGGGGCAUGGAGUGUGCACACAGAGCACUGUCCAGUGGUCAGUGUGUGGUGCCCCUGCCUGAGGUGAGGCUGCUGCCCCCAGUGACUGACCCAGAAAAGGUGGUUUGUGUGGGCAUGAACUACCGCGACCACUGCCUGGAGCAGAAUGCCCCCAUCCCGGAGGAGCCCAUCAUCUUCAGCAAGUUCCCCAGCGCCAUCACAGGUCCAUUCGAUGACAUCACACUGCCCGAUGAGAGCAAGGAGGUGGACUGGGAGGUGGAGCUGGCCUUUGUAAUUGGACGGAAAGGGAAGCACAUCAAGGAGGAAGAGGCCCUCUCCUACGUGGCAGGCUUCACAGUGGCCAAUGACGUCAGCGCACGUGACUGGCAGAUGCGGCGCAACGGGAAGCAGUGGCUUCUGGGAAAAACCUUUGAUAGCUUUUGUCCAUUAGGUCCCGCCCUGGUCACCACAGCAGCUCUUAAAGACCCCCACAACCUGGGAAUUCGCUGCCGUGUUAACGGAAGCACAGUCCAGGAUAGCAGCACCAAUCAGAUGAUCUUCAAGACAGAAAAACUUGUGGCUUGGGUCUCACAGUUCGUCACUCUGCGUCCAGGGGACGUGUUUCUGACAGGGACCCCUCCUGGAGUAGGUGUGUUCAGGAAGCCACCAGUCUAUCUCAAGAAAGGCGAUGUGGUGGAGUGUGAGAUUGACAAAAUUGGAGUAAUCCGUAACACAGUGAUUUGACUGAAGUAAAUACAACAAGCAAUGCAGCUUCCCUCUUUCCAUCUGGUUUACUUCAGCCGUGCUAAAACAGUAGCUGUUACUGAUUUUUUAAAACUGUGAUUAUGCUGCUUAAAAUAGGCAUUAAAUUGAAAAUUUAAUACUAGACAUGACAGCUGUGUACUUUCCUGUGACACCACCCAGCGAUUCAUCUUGAAUUCUGAAUGUCACUGAGUCUGGAUUUGCAUUUAAAUCCGGUAAGUGCCUUAUUCAGUGGUGGGUAAGUGUUUUUGUAACUUACCCACCACUAACUUACCAGAUAUAAUUCUUUUAACAUUCACCUAAAACUGCAACGUCAGCACAUGUACUCAUUCACAAAACCAUGCGGAAUUUAAAUCUGUUUUAAAACUGUUUCAACAUUCAUAUUAAAACUGCUGAAGAGACCCUCUACUACGCUGUGAGUGUGGCACUUGCUAUGAUCUGGACUUUCAACCUGUAGUUUGAAAUACACCAGGUCUCUCUGUAACUGAUAAAGUUCAUCACUCAACAAGGAAUGGGCUGUACUGAAGUGAUGAUUUAUUUGAUUAACAGAUUGAUGAUAGUUAUGAUCCCUUUUAUCGUUGCAUAAGCAGUUGGGUCAGCAAGAGGUGACGAUGGAGGUAGAUAAGAAAGCAAAAAGCUCACACAAACAGCUGCAACCCACUGUGUAUACUGAUUUUCACCCAAGCUGAGCCUCUCUGUUGAUCAGGUUUGACUGCUGCAAUGAGAUUAUAUUAAAUACUGCUGACUAAUAUUAGAUCAAUGGGCAUAUCAGUCUUUUAGUAGGCGUGCAAUAAUGCAAUAAUUAGUCACUUGAUUACUUCUUGAGUUCAUUAAGUUAUUGUAAUUGAAUGAUCGAAUGCAAUGUGGCUUAACGGGGAGGCUAUGUCAGCACAGUGGUACAAGAGGGCCGAAUUACAGGCUUCCAAUUCGAGUUGCAAGAAAGGCUAGGCCCUAACUACAAGGCAUUCCAGUGCAGAGUGACAGGUUAAUGAUUCAUGCAGGAGGGCUGUGGCCGCGCACACCAGCCUCUCGUUUACAAAGGCCGUGUGUUUUACUGCCAGCUUUUCCCCCUAACACUCGGCACCCUGUGUUCCCAGCGCAUCGCUUAAGGCCUAAUGCAAUAACAUGCAUCUCACUGGUUUAAUGUAAGUUAAAAUGGGGCUAUUUCAAGUU